ACAUAUAUAUUUGGCCAACAUUGGUGUAAAGACAUUAAGAUAUCAGAAUAGCAACUUCAUAGAUAACAAUGGGACUUAAGCUCCAUAUAUAUAAUGCAAUACAAUACAACAUUACAGUACAAUUAUACAACCUUUGUUUGUUAUAUGAGACCACAAUUGUACACAAUAAUUGUUACAAUCCUAGAGUGAUAUAUUGUUAUGUCAUCACAAGAAGGCAUGCAGCAAGGAAUUCCAGCUGAAUGUGAGACUCCUUGCAGCUUUGGUAGUUUCAUGUCUUCUCACAAUGUAACGCUAGACAUGCAAGCACCUAAUGAAGAGAUACCACGUGACUUUGAACAAAAUUACACCGAAAACUAGGUUGCAAAGAUAUACUGAUAGUGGACUUGGUCUGCAGCCUGAGGCAUCGCCUUGAAAAUGAAAUAAUUUCUGAACUUCUUCUAUUGCUGCUGGUUGACUCAGAAGAUCAGCUCAAAUCUGCUUUAGUUUAUCAUUCCCGAUCCAUUGCACAGUCUGUUAGACUGCCCAAGGGGCUUCUCAUUCCAGACAAGUUUUGGGAAGGAAGAAACUAUUGCUUGUUCAUUAUAUUGUGCCUUCGUGGUUUCCUAAUUAGGAAAAUUGACUUCUUGAUUUGGUGGCUUGAUGGAGUUUGUUCUGGAUUUUUUGGUCUAUAUGAGGAACAUUUCAGACAACUUUAGUUUAUCUGAUGAACAUUUCAGACAACUUCAGUUUAUCUGAAUAACAUCUCAGACAACUUCAGUUUAUCUGAUCAAUUUUCUGAAAUUCUAAAUGGUAUUUUUCUUCUGAAAUUCCUCCAAUAUCUCAUAUUGUCUAACCACUAUUGGUUGUCACCUAUUUUCAGAACCUUCAUCAGGUAUUUCUUCUGACAUUGUUCACAUAUCUAAUUUUUGACAAGGGAACAGAAUGUCAUCUAUUUUCUGAAAUUCU